GCUGGUCUCCAACUCGCAACGAUCCUUCUGCCUCCGCCUCCCGAGCCGCCUUCUUAGGGUUAAAUUUUAAAGAGGGACGUUCAAGAACUUAACUGCCAGAUCCUCGGGAUUUGAAGAUGGCUGCCCAGUCAGCGCCAAAAGUUGUGCUAAAAAGCACCACCAAGAUGUCUCUAAAUGAGCGCUUUACUAAUAUGCUGAAGAACAAACAGCCGAUGCUGGUGAAUAUUCGGGCUUCGAUGCAGCAACAACAGCAGCUAGCCAGUGCCAGAAACAGAAGACUGGCCCAGCAGAUGGAGAAUAGACCCUCUGUCCAGGCAGCAUUAAAACUUAAGCAGACUUUAUAUGCAAGUCCGGACAGUGCCUAUGGAAGGAUAUGUCCAAGCUGUGGCUGGGCGUCUGGAGGGCGGUGCCAUGCAACUAAGAGCUUAAAGCAGCGCCUGGGUAAGAGUAACAUCCAGGCACGGUUAGGCCGACCCAUAGGGGCUCUGGCCAGAGGAGCCAUUGGAGGACGAGGCCUGCCCAUAGUCCAGAGAGGCUUGCCCAGAGGAGGACUGCGUGGGGGACGUGCCACCAGGACCCUGCUUAGGGGCGGGAUGUCGCUCCGAGGUCAAAACCUGCUUCGAGGUGGACGAGCCGUAGCUCCCCGAAUGGGCUUAAGAAGAGGUGGUGUUCUAGGUCGUGGAGGUCCUGGGAGAGGGGGCCUAGGGCGUGGAGCUAUGGGUCGUGGCGGAAUCGGUGGUAGAGGUCGGGGUAUGAUAGGUCGGGGAAGAGGGGGCUUUGGAGGACGUGGACGAGGACGUGGACGGGGGAGAGGUGCCCUUACUCGCCCUGUGUUGACCAAGGAGCAGCUGGACAACCAGUUGGAUGCCUACAUGUCGAAAACUAAAGGACACCUGGAUGCUGAGUUGGAUGCCUACAUGGCACAGACAGAUCCUGAA